UUAUGUUGCAGCAACGAACACAAACGUAAGGAACGUGGAAGGACACAGCAAAAGCAGUCAUGUAUAGAUUUUUAUCCCGGACUGUGUGCGCGGCUCGGAAUUCUUCAGUCAUUGUGUACGAGUCGUGUGUUUUACCGGCGAAAUGUGAAAAGGCAGCAGCUCCAGUUUUCAGGGUUGUAAAUGGAGGUGGAGUAAACACACUCAGCACAAGCUCUGUCAGGUUCUGUGAAAAGAAAGAUGAUGUCGUGCCCUCCAAUCAAGACGAGAAAACAACUGCAGUCAAAGAAGAUCCUCCAACAGAAACUGACCAAGCAAAGAUGGCUAAACAAACGGAGGAGCCGGUGGUGUUAAUGGCAGAAGAUGGAAGCACCACACAACAGCAGACUGAUGUUAAAACGGAACCGGUUGUGGAAAAGCCAACAGAAGCCGCGAUUGAUGCAGCUAAGAGUGGGAAGCAACAUCUCCUGGACCUCCUGGUAGCCAUGAAAGUAGAAGUUACUAGUAAGAAGAAGUUCAAAGGCACGACGAUUAAGCAGAAUUAUGAGUCCAUUAAACAUCCUGAGUCAAAGUCAGAAGCUAUGGAGAGCACCAUCAGUAUGUUUCAGAAGGCUACAGAGGCGGCUUCACCUCCAAGUGAGACUUUGGAGCCUGAUCUGGUUGCAGCUGCAUCUGCUGCUGCCGCUACUCUUCCUGACAGCAACAGGGCACAGUCUGUGCUGCUCAGGCAGCUGAGGGAGCGCAAGGCCAUCACCGAAGCUCAGAAGAAAGGAGACAUGAGCAAGCUUGGAGAAAUUAUUGCUGACAUGAAAGUAGGAAGGCAGUACAGCCGACAGAAGCCUUCAGCAUCCAGCCAGAUCACGUUUGAUGAUGAUGAACGAGGAUAUACCCGUGAUAGAGGAAUCACUGGUGAGCUGGUUGGUGUUCGGAGAAGGAGGAACUUUUUCCUAGCAAAAAGACUUAACAUCUUCUCUCCUACUACAGAGGAUGAUGCAGUUCAAUCAACAGCUGCACAGCCAACUCUAUGGGACAUGGAGUUUGCCAAUAAUUUGUCUCAGGUGACCAACCAAGCACCUCGCAACGGGUUCGAAGAAAUGAUCCAAUGGACCAAAGAGGGGAAAAUGUGGCAGUACCCAGUUGACAAUGAAGCCGGCCUAGAGGAGGAGGCCAGUGUCUCGUUCCACGAGCACAUCUUCUUGGAGAAACACUUGGAGGAAGGGUUCCCUCACCAGGGACCAGUGCGUCACUUCAUGGAGCUGGUGGUGGCCGGUCUGUCCAGAAAUCCCUACCUGACUGUACAGCAGAAGAAGGGGCACAUUUCCUGGUUUAGAGACUACUUCCAACAAAAAGAGGAGGUCCUCAAGGAGGCCAAUGCUGACCUCAAUUAAACUUAAAGACAGCUAAAUGCAUCUUCUAAUUUUACUGGAUGUGGACACAUAAAAACAAAAGCGAUGAUCAUCUUUACCGAUGCAGUCUCGUGGGUUUCUUAACUUCUCCAAGGAGACCUGUUAGAGUGGACUGGAAAGUGUUGAUCUGACUAGAGUACCACUAUGUAAUAACUUCAACAUUUGCUACAUGGUGGAGGAAAAAUGUCCAGGAAGAAAGUGAAAUAUUACUGUACACACACAUUUAAAGCAGAAAAGUGCAAUUGUGGCUUUUUACUUAUUUCAGUGUGUGUCAGUUGUCCCGUCUGUCAUUAUUAAUUUCUUCAUACUUUGUUUGCAUCGUCCAAUGCUACUGCAGGAAAUUAACUAGCUAUUGUGUGUCACUGAUGGUGACACAACUGCAUUAAAAUGCAUUUGGAUUCUCAGUGUA